AUGGCAUCCGCUUCAAGCAUUACCUCUGCCAACAAAAUCAACCUUGAAGAGUUCAUGCGAGUUCUCGAGCAAUACCCGGCUCUUAUUAGAAACGUAUCAGAUGGAAAAGGUGCGGCUAACCAAUAUCAACCAAUAGCCAAGGGUGGCCAGAGAACGCUGCAAGAACUGGACAAUUAUCGAUACAACGAUGCAUUGGAUGCCUUCAAUUCUAGCGCGAAAAGUCGCCCAAUGAAGCUAGACGACAUCAAGAACCUCGUGGAGUGGAAGUUACGCCAUGGGAAAUUCAGACCAACUCUUAUGAAUCUGGUAUCAUCCAAUGAUGCAAACGAUGCUCAGGAAACUGUAAAGCAAGCUCUUGACGCUUACAAAAAGGAUGCCGACAUAGAAGCCGCCUUGGGUGUAUUGACAAAGCUUCGAGGUAUUGGUCCUGCAACUGCAUCCUUGCUUUUGGCUGUUCAUGAUCCGACACGGGUCAUCUUCUUUGCCGAUGAGGCUUUCUGGUGGCUAUGUUGCAAUGGGAAGCAGGGCCCUAUCAAGUAUAACGCCAAAGAGUACCGUAUGCUAUGCUCCAAAGUCGACGAUCUGCGGAACAGACUCGACGUGCAAGCAAGUGACGUGGAGAAAGUGGCCUAUGUCUUGAUGAAGCAACCGGCUCAACCGGAUCAAUCCCAUGAUGUGGCACCACCGAAGGAGGCCAGGCAGAUUACAGCGCCCAAGGCAGCGAAGAAGGAGAAGAAGAGGAAGGUUAAUUCAAAUGCCGAAGUAGAACAGGAUGCAAACCAUGAACAGCCGCCACUUCGUCGAUCCAAACGGGUCAAGAUCUAG